CAACAUAACGCAACCCUCGUAUACUGGGAUGAUGUGUCAAAACAAUUGGAGUUGUAUAACCUCACUUGUUCAGCAAGAAAUGUCACUUCAAAAUACACAAAAUAAACGAUGAAUUCGGCUGUGGAGUCGCAGGAGAAAUCCUUGGAGGCUCAAGUGCAAGAAAACAUAACGAACUGGCAGGCAAGCGACAAUCCUUUGGCCCCGCUGACAAACGAACAACUGGAUUUGAUCUACGAAGUGGGAGACAAAAUACAAGAAUUGUUUUACAGCGCAGAGGGUGCAACCGAGGUGGUAAAGGAGGAAGUGAGCAAAGAGACGCAGCCUUACAUCGCUAUAAAUCGCAGUUACAUAAAAUGGUUGAUUGAUGUUGAGGAAGAGUUAAAGUAUGAGAGUUUACGGCAUUUUCAGUUGCAUCAGCAGGAAUUGAGCAACCAUCAUGCAAAUUGUGAAAAUUUGUUUGAAUGCUCCAAUGCUACCCUGGAUUCUUUGAACCAGUUGAAGGAAAAGUAUGAUAAUGUUACAUCGAAGACAAAUUACUUGCACAACCUUAGCGAGCAGUUAAUGGCCCAUCAAAGAGUUUUAAAGCAGAAAAAGGGUAGUUUGAGCGAGAAAUUGAAGUAUUUUACGAGUUUUAGUAAGCUGCAAGACAAUGUGGACAGGUUUAGCAACAAAAUCAACUCUAAGGAUUUUACGGAUAUUUUGGAUAGUAUUGGUGAGUCUAUACAUUUCCUCAAUGAUCACAUGCAAUAUAAGGAAUCUAGGAUAUAUAAAAUGAAAUAUGAGAGUCUGUUAACCACAGCUCUCAACAAGAUUUACAACUAUGUAAAUAAUAUUGUAAUUGACACAACAAAACACAUAGUGGAUUCAGAAAUGAAGGCUGUACCUUUAAUUCAAAAUUCCAAUGAACCAGGUAUGGAUUCCGCGUUUAGUCUGUACUACGGCAAAUUUCAAAGCGCCGCAACUAAAGUUAAAUAUAUUUUAAUGCAUUUGGAGGAUAAAGAAGACAACAGUGAGCAGUACAUGAAUAUUUUAAGCGAUUGUCAGAAAUCCUACUUGAAUCAGAGAUUACCAAUACUGUCUGUGGCUGUAGCUAAAGCCUUGGCUGAGUUGAAAGAGAAACACCGAGUUGAUCACAGCAUUUUAUUCAGAUCUUGUGCUUUAUUUACCAUGAAAGUCUGUCAGGAUGAAGCUCAUUGUUAUGGUUAUUUCUUCAGCAAAACUUCUGAGCAAUUAAAUGAUUAUUUAGCGAAUAUUUGCCAGCAUUUGUACGACACAUUGAGGCCUUGCUUGAUUUCCAUAAACCAUAUUGAGGUUUUGAGUGAGCUGUGCGGUAUUUUGAAGAAGGAAAUGUUAAGCGAUAAAAUUUUGAGCAAUGAGAAUUUGGAGAAAUAUGUUGAGACUAUAAAGCAGUUAUUGCAGGAUGUUGAGGAAAGGCUUGUAUUUAGGACCAAUAUAUUCUUCCAGCAUGACUUGACUGGUUAUAAACCAUCCCCAGGUGAUUUAGCAUAUCCAGAAAAACUGAAGCAAAUGGAGAACAUAACGUUGGAUAUGCGCGAUUCGAGACCGUCUUCAGUGGCUUCCAUAGAGAGCCACGAAGUCGCCAAUAUAAACGCCGGUCAUUUCCGGUCUUACACCGGCAAUUCGCCGGCAGAUUUGCACGGGAUGUGGUACCCGACCGUCAAGAGAACGUUGGUGUGCCUAUCGAGGUUAUAUUUUUGCUUGGACAGAGAUACUUUCCAAGGUUUGGCGCAAGAGGCGUUGGUUAUUUGUAUUUCGACCGUUGGUCAUGCAGCUGGGUUGAUAUCGGACAAAAAAUCCCCCGUGGAUGGUCAACUGUUUCAAAUAAAACACUUGUUGAUCAUCAGGGAGCAAAUAGCCCCCUUUCAGGUCGAUUUCACCGCCAAAGAGGUGGCGUUGGAUUUCAGUACAGUCCCCAGGGCGGCAAGGCACUUUUACGAGCAGCGCAGCAAUAUUUUCACGUUCGGUUCAAACAACGCGCUGCUGGAAUUCUUAUUGGAAGGCACACCGAGAGUUAAGGAGUAUCUGGUGGAUUCCAGGAAAGAGAUCGACAAGCAACUGAAGCACUCCUGCGAAUCGUUUAUCUCGCAAGUGACCAAAUUCUUGAUUGCCUCACUGCAAACCUUGAUCGAGAAAUCCGAGCACAUUUUGAAGAUCAAGCACCAAACCAACAACCCAGAGUUGACGGUGAGAAGUCAGGAUUUCGCGCAGCCGAACAAAAUAGCCGACGUAAUUUUGGAAUCGCAGAAGAACAUGAAAAAUCGCAUACCGGACAUACAGAGAUCCAUGCAGUUGUACUUGGCGAACAGAGAGACGGAAUUCAUUCUUUUCAGACCCAUUAAAAACAACAUUGUUAACGCCUUCAUACAAAUCGAGCAGAUUUUGAGUAGAGGCGACUUUACCGCGGAAGAUCAGCUUCAAAUCGGUUGCCCUUCGCCUGAACAAAUCAAUAUUUUGAUUUGCUCAGUGUCUCUUGCAACUGAGCAAGAAAAUUUACUCACCGAAGCUGCACAAAAUAUUCCUUCCUAAACAAAAGUAUUGUAUUUUAUUAAUAUUGAAAUAAACUUGUUUUAUAAUAAUAUAAACGCUGUAUUAUUAAAGGUAUAAAUAAAUUACAAUGUAUUCUAAAAAAAUAAAACUUAUGGAUUAAAAAAUAAAAACUAAUUAAAAAUCCUCCUCAUCAUAAUGGACAUCUUCAACUUCUUCUUUAACCGGAUUUAAGUGAUUAUUUUUUACGAAUAUCCCCGAAAACAGUUCGGUUAAAUUGAUCACAGAGUAGCCGGAGUGGUUUAAAUAUUUCUCUACGGUUUCGCGUAGAGCUGUGUAGCCCCGUUCGAUUUGAUCCUCCAUUAAAGGCUCUAAAAAAAAUUGGUAACAUUUGGAUCGCUUCAUCUUAA